AUGGGGAAGAGAUGCUUGCUCAAACUUGCUGCCAUGAUUAGUAAGAUAAUUCAAAAGUUAGCAGAUGGAUUGGCACCAAGUAAGCAUUCAAUAAAGAGAUUUUUUUUCAUCAUGAUUGUUAACUUUUGUGGGAGCAGAUCGCGCCAUGGCUCUGCCUCCUUCCCCGUGACUUCAAAACAUGAAGCUGAGACUUCCUCUCUGGGCCUGCACAGGACAGAUGCAUUUUUCAAACAAGGGCAUUCUGGCCGACCCAUCCCACACAUCCUGGGGAGGAAAGCCCCAAGUCCCUCAUCCAGGCUUCCUAUGAUCUUGGAAGCCACAUUCACUUUCCUGAAUUGGGAAGCAAAUUCAGAAAGAACCUAG